CCAGACCACCACCUCGCGGGGGCGGCGGCAAGUGGGCGCUUCUCUUCUCUCCUCCAUCGCCCGCUCCGACUGCCUUCUUCCCGCGCUCGUCUCUUUCAUUCGCCGCGGCGGAGACGGCCGGAGGAAGCGCGCUUUUUGCCGGGCGCUUCCUAUAAUUAGAAAAAGGGGGGACAGCUUUUUACCUCACGUUCUUCUGGGCAAGUUGGACACCCACCCCACCGACCCCUCAGCUCUCCAGUGGUGAGGAGUUCGCCCUGCCAAUCAGGAGCCGGAGGGAAUUCCACCUUUCCCUCAGAGACGAAACUCUCUCUUUUUUUCCCCCUCCCCCCGUCCCCAGUUUCUUCCAGUUUGGGGAAGGGGAGAAACCAGCUCCCCUGGUUAACCCUGUCUUGGCUGGUUGGCUGCUUGUUGACGGUGCCUCUUUUCCUCUCCCAGGUGCGGCCAUGACGCCUGUCCUACUCUUCCCAGGUAUCCUCUUUCUUAUCGCCAGUCCUGGGAAGGCCAUCGACAGCUCGGCCCCCACUCCCAUUAGCUGUUUUACAAGAGGACUCGAUCUUAGGAAUGAGAGAGCAGAUGUCCUCUGUCCAGCAGGAUGCCCCUCAUUUCAGUUCUCUGUCUAUGGAAAUGUUGUCUAUGCCUCCAUCUCCAGCAUCUGUGGAGCAGCUGUUCACAGAGGCCUGAUUGCCAGUUCAGGUGGGCCAGUAAGAGUGCAAAUGUUACCAGGACGAGAGAACUAUCCUGCAAUAUAUGCUAAUGGAGUCCAGUCUCAAGUGCUCUCUAGAUGGUCAUCAUCAUUCUCAGUAUCCAGUAUCCAAAGUGGAGCACUUGAAGCAGCAGGGCGGCCAGUUUCAACAGCACGCCCAUCCACGGGUAAAAGACUUAAGAAACCUCUUGAGAAAAAAGCAGGGAACAAAGACUGUAAAGCAGAUAUUGCUUUUCUGAUUGAUGGAAGCUACAGUAUUGGGCAGCGUAGAUUUAAUCUGCAGAAGAACUUUGUUGGGAAAAUAGCAACGAUGCUGGGCAUUGGAACGGAAGGACCACAUGUGGGAGUUGUACAAGCCAGUGAGCAUCCAAAAAUUGAAUUUUACCUGAAAAACUUCACUGCAUCAAAAGAUGUUUUAUUUGCCAUAAAAGAGAUAGGUUUCAGAGGAGGCAAUGCCAACACAGGAAAAGCCUUGAAGCACACAUCCCAGAGGUUCUUCUCUGCAGAACAUGGCGUACGGAAAGGCAUUCCUAAAAUCAUUGUAGUUUUAAUAGAUGGAUGGCCAUCAGAUGAUAUAGAAGAAGCUGGCAUAGUGGCUCGAGAAUUUGGUAUUAAUGUAUUCAUUGUGUCUGUUGCAAAACCUACAACUGAGGAACUCGGAAUGGUUCAAGAUGUUGGGUUCAUUGAGAAGGCUGUUUGCCAAAACAAUGGCUUUUUUUCAUAUAACAUACCAAGUUGGUUUGGUACUACAAAAUACGUGAAACCAUUGGUUCAAAAACUCUGUGCUCAUGAACGAAUGCUAUGCAGCAAGACUUGCUACAAUUCAGUCAACAUUGCUUUCCUGAUAGACGGUUCCAGCAGUGUUGGUGAUAGCAACUUUCGUCUCAUGCUUGAAUUCAUCAGUAAUGUUGCCAAAUCAUUUGAGAUCACGGAGGUUGGUGCCAAAAUAGCAGCAGUUCAGUUCACUUAUGAUCAGCGCACAGAGUUUGGCUUUACAGACUAUAAUACAAAAGAGAUGGUUUUUUCUGGUCUUCGAGGAAUCCGCUACAUGAGUGGCGGUACUGCUACUGGAGAAGCCAUUACCUACACUAUCGUAAAUGUGUUUGGACCCGUGAGAGAUGGAGCCAACAAAAAUUUCCUAGUCAUUUUGACUGAUGGCCAGUCUUAUGAUGAUGUCCGAGGGCCAGCUACAGCUGCUCAUAAAGCAGGUAUCACAGUCUUCUCUAUUGGCAUUGCUUGGGCUCCACUGGAAGAUUUAAAAGAUAUGGCUUCUGAACCUCGGGAGGCACACACCUUCUUCACAAGAGAAUUUACUGGACUGGAGCAGAUUGUUCCUGAUGUCACCAGAGCUAUUUGCAGAGAUUUCUUGAACUCCAAGCAGUGAAUGAAAACCUGCAGAUUUCUGCAAAUGCACCAGGAAAGCCAAGGUGUUCUCUCUAGAAUAUAAGACUUUCUUUUAUUCUAGCACCAGAGUCUUGACUUUGCUUAAGGCCCACUCUUUUAGGCAAAGUUCCUAUUAAAAUCAAUGAACAUUUUGCCUGAAUCAUUAGUAAGUAGAAAAUUUGGCCUGAAGUUAUAAUUGUAUAUGUAUAUUUAAUAUUCCUCAGUUAAAGUGGUUCAAAUCUUUUAUUUAGGAUUAUUCCAUAUGUAUUUUAUGUAUAUAUAGAAAAUAUACAGCUGCUCUUGGCAUUAAAUGCUAUUAUUAAGUCUCAUCCCAAAUUGAAAACAAUCUGAGAUAGAUUCUAUCAAGUGUAAAAUGUCCUAGAAUGGUGUCAACAGAGGUGAAAAGAAUGUUAUUGAGUAUGUA